AAAUAAGUCACCCUCAAUAAUCCGGAGGGAAACAUGGUCUUGCAUUAUUAAUCAGAGGCCCAGCACAAUUGGCAGUGUCCAUACUCCAGCUAUACAUCACGGUAGCCCACCACCUUGCUCGCCGUCCAGGUAAAAUCCAUCCAUGGGCGCCGCCGAACAUUGAGAGAGCUCUGGAGCUCCGCGGGGUCCACGGGGUAGGUCCAGGCUUCGCCUAGCCGAACAUGGUCUACUUCACACAUCACCUGGCCAGCCUCUAAGCAAGUAUGGCCCAUGGGGGAGGUCCAAAAGUCUGUCUCCUAGGAAAAGCAAUCAUAUCCCCGCUUUACGCGAGGCUUGGGAUUCCGUGGGAUGCUCUGAAAAAUCUUUUCCUGCUUCGCGUUCCCAAUCUAUCAUGUUCUCUUGUUGAAGUCCACAAUUUUGCUGCACCAUGUCUGAAUGUGCCCCGGAGGAGAAGGUCGCCACGGCCGGAGCGUCAUCACCUGCUCGACAUGGAGACUCCGGAACUAGGGCGAGCUCGCUAUCACUCGACAAAGACGUAGCAAUUGGACUAGUAGGAGAGCGUGCUCAGGAUAUCGACCCCGUCGUCGAGGCCAGGGUGUUGAGGAAAAUCGACUGGUUCCUCAUCCCGGCCAUGAUUGUUGGCUACGGACUUGUAUACUACGACAAGGCCAUCCUUGGAAGUGCCGUUCUCUUUGGCAUGACCAAGGACCUUCAGCUCACUGUGGUCAACAACUCGACAAACCCUCCCACGACCAACACCUCCAGGCUCAGCUGGGCGACAUCCCUAUUCUACUUUGGCAUGUUAGCUGGGCUCUACCCCAUGACCUUCGCUCUCCAACGGUUCAAUCUCGGACGAAUCCUAGGCGCCAUUGUCAUCUUCUGGUCUCUGAUCUGCAUGCUCACGGCGGCUGUCACCAGCUGGCAAGGCCUCUAUGCUCAACGCUUCUUCCUCGGAUUCGUCGAAUCCAUCAUCCCCACGGGUUUCAUGGUGAUAGUGUCUGGUUACUAUACCCAACAAGAGCAGGCACUGCGACAAUCCUGGUGGUUCUCCUCGACAGGGCUGUUCACCAUUAUCGGAGGAGCCUUGAACUAUGGCUUUGCGCAGAUUACCGGCGGGGCGCUCAAAAGGUGGCAAUACAUCUACAUCUUGGCCGGCUGCUUGACCUUUCUCUUCGGCCUCUGGUGCUUCGCCAUCCCCAACUCGCCCGUUUCGGCGUGGUUCCUCCGCCCCCACGAACGCAUUGUUGCAGUGGAGCGCCUCCGCAAGGGCCAGACUGGCGUGCGAUGCCAGCAAAUCAAGUUCGAACAGAUCAAGGAGUCGAUCCUGGACAUCAAGCUCUGGCUCGUCUUCAUCAUGAUGGCGUCCGCCUAUACCGUCAACGGCGCAGUAUCCGGCUUUGGCCCGCUGAUAGUCAGCACGUUCGGUUGGUCCCCCCUCGAGUCCAUCCUGUGGCAGUUUCCCCUAGGCGGUCUUUGCCUGAUCGACAUCCUCCUUUGCGGCUAUCUCUCCUCCAAGAUCGCAAAUAUCCGCAUUAUACUACUGAUCGUCAACUGUCUUCCCGUCAUCGCCGGCUGCGCUAUGAUUUGGAAGUCGGAAUGGUCCUAUCAUGCCCCUACCCCCGUUGCCGGCUACAGCAUCAUCGGCACCUUUGGCGCUGUUGUGAGUCUGGUGAUUGUGAUUGGAAUGGGUAACGUGGCGGGCGCGACGAAGAAGAGCACCAUGGCUGCUGCCAUCUUCGUCGCUUACUGUGUCGGCAACAUUGUUGGUCCACAGCUGAUUAACAGCGAGACGAAGAAGGAUCAUUAUCCCGAGUUGUGGACUGGUUUGAUCAUUUGCUAUUGCAUAACCAUCGCUGCUUCUGUAGCCCUGUACUAUGUGCUCUGGCGAGAAAACAAGAGGCGGGCGGCGCUGCCUAUGGAUGAGGAGGAGCGUGAUAGGCUUGCUUUCCAGGACUUGACGGAUAAAGAGAAUCCGUACUUCCGUUACGUUUUGUAGGGUACGUGUACAGUGGAGUAUUGUGUUGAGAUGGAAAGCGAGCAUGAUGGCACAGAUUCUCGACUAGGUCGCUGAUGUGCUGUGAUACGAAAGCAUCCGAGUACAUGUAGGGCAUUCUACAAGUGUGACUAAUCAAGAAUCAGUUAAGCUACACUCACAUCUGUGACAUGAGUUUGUCUUGGUUGCUGCGCCGGGGGUGUCUGUGGGUAUGUAUAAUAAAUAGUAAAAUGAGUGUUUUUAUUGCAGG